AUGAACGGGUCCCAGAGAGGGCUGGCGACAGCUGCUGAUCGCUUCCUGCCCAACAGUCAAAGUCCACUUCCCAUAUCUGAUCACUUUCGAACCAUGAAAGAAUCGCAUAAGCUCUCAACACCUGAGCGGUUACUUCGGCAUCAGGACGCCACCCCAGAUCCAUUCGUCUUUAGAUCUCCCUGUCCCAAACCUGAUACAGUAACAGUUAGUGGGGGAACGAUCUGGUCUGUCGGCGGCACUGCACCAGGGUCUAUGGCAAUUGACGGUGGUCGGGGCCAAUAUAUGAGCAGCGGAACCAACGCACCCCUUUACAGUAUGCCAUUUUCGGCCCUACGGCCACGUUCUGAAGAACGCCAGGAAAAGCACGAAGGAAGACUCGCACAAGCAUUGAACAUGAAUCGAGUACAGCGCGUUAUCCAUCACCAUGGCUCCUCUACAUUUCAGCCUCGUAGAAGGAGGAAUAAAUGCCGGGCUUCAAGAAACGUAUCCAGGACAACCUGGACUGGUUCUGAAUGGUCCAAUGACAAGCACCUCCCCAAAAAGCGUGUAAAAAAGCAGCGAACCAUUCCCAAUCCUCCUUUCAGGGUCCUUGAUGCCCCUGGGCUUCGAGACGAUUUUUACUGCUCAAUCAUGGCCUAUUCUCCAACUUGCAACAUUCUUGCCAUUGGUCUUGGGAACCUUUUGUACGGCUGGUCAGAACCUACUGGUACAUCACUGCUAAAUCCAGGUGUUCGAGAUGGAUCAUGGCUUACUUCUGUGGCAUUUUCAUCUACUGAAGGCGGCAAGUCCAUAUUGGCAUAUGGACGAUCAAACGGUUACAUUGGUCUACUUUCCUUGUUCGACAGUAUGAUUCCUCGCUUUGAAGCCGCACACCCCCACCCUGUCUCGUGCAUGAGCUGGCGUCCAGUCACCACCAUGCGACCUUCGCUAAAUCCUUUCAAUUCCGGAGUCCCAGCUUAUACCGAGGAUCUCCUCGUUGGUGAAGAGGCUGGCGAUGAAGUUGCCCGAGAUACCUGGCAUGGGUCAAUGUCCUUGCUGGCUCGCGUCAAGGUUCACGCACAACAGAUUUGUGGUCUCGCAUGGUCACCUGACGGCGAAAUGUUCGUUACAGGAGGCAACGACAACAUGUGUUGCCUCUUCAGGGCAGAAAAAAUUCUAGUUCCCCGGGUCAAAACUUGGCACGCGUCGGCGGCCCUUCACUGCUGGCCACAUCUAGCUGCUGUCAAGGCUAUAGCAUUUUGUCCUUGGCGUCCCCACCUACUCGCCACUGGUGGUGGCUCGAACGACAAGAUGAUUCAUUUCUACCACAGCACAUCUGGAACGACCUUGGCCACCAUAUCCGUCAGCGCUCAGGUCACCAGCCUCGUUUGGAGCACCACUCGUCGAGAAAUCGCUGCCACGUUCGGCUAUGCUCAACCCGACCACGCAAUUCGGAUAGCCGUGUUCAGCUGGCCGGACUGCCAAAUGGUUGCAAGCGUAAAGUGGGACGGCGAACACCGUGCCCUCUAUGCUGUUCCGUAUCCAGGAAACCUAUCUCCGACAUCACAUACACAAUCGGACAACUCCGAAUCCCGAGCUCAUCGACAACGGCAGUCCAGCCGAGGAUUACGUGAUCGUCGAUCGCGGAAGGGGAAGGGAGGAAUGGCAGAAGGUUGCUUGAUCGUUGCGGCGAGCGAUAAGAGUGAGGUCGACAGCGGGGUGGGAACGGGCAUCAUGGGCGGGAGCGACAUCAUUGAGAUGACGGAGGGCAUCGAUAAGGAGGGCGACAUUAUUCGUUGA